CAUUAUACAUUCACUCUCCAUUCAGCUAACUUUUAACAAAAGGCACAAGUUAACAUGCAGUAUCUGCAUGCCACACUUAGCGUUGUCUUCCUUUUAAUAUCCUCAUCCAUUACUAAAGGUUCUGAUGAAUUGACUGUAUGGCAGAUACCAUGUGUUACAGGCAUAGAAGGAGAGUCUGUCAUAAUGAACUGCACUUUAUCAAAUGAAACUUUAGGACCUGUUAAAUGGUACAAGGGGGACAAUCGGACACUCAUUUACUCACAAAUCACAACUACUGAAUUAUCUCCACGAAUAAUAAGAGCUGUACCAGACUCUGCAACAAGAAAUAUCUAUCAUUCCAUCAACAUUACAAAUAUUACUUCGGAAGAUGCUGGGAUGUAUUACUGUAUGGUGUUUAAUUCAGACAAAGAAACUGUUGCUACAUCAGGACUUGGAACCCAACUGCAUGUGUGCUGUAAGUACAAAACCAUUGCAGAAAGAAUUAAUGGGAUGUAG